UAUUAUAUUGUCUACCCCUCCUGUAAGCUACAAAGGGAGAAAUGAAAAUUCAACAUCUUCUUGUCAUCUACCUCCUAUCCCAGACCCUUUUGUUGUUCUGCAUUGAAAGUUUAGAGCCAUGUGAUCAAUCCUCAACAACGCUAAACCGGAGUAGUUUUCCGGCUGGUUUUCUAUUCGGAGCUGGAUCAAGUGCUUACCAGUAUGAAGGAGCAGCAUCUGCAGACGGCAGAACAAGAAGUAUCUGGGAUACUUUUGUUUUCGAAUAUCCAGAAAAAAUUGCGGAUCAUAGUACUGGGAAUGUAGCAGAAGAGUUCUAUUAUCUCUAUAAGAAUGAUAUUGCUCUGAUGAAAGAAAUUGGUUUAGACUCAUUCAAAUUCUCCAUCUCCUGGUCUAGAAUAUUACCUCAGGGAAAAAUCAGUCGGGGAGUGAAUUGGAUAGGUGUCAAAUUCUACAACGCUCUUAUCGAUGAGCUCCUAUCAAAUGGUAUAGAACCUUUCGCCACAAUAUUCCACUGGGAUAUUCCACAAACCCUGGAAGAUGAAUAUGGUGGAUUUUUGAGCCCUGAUGUUGUGGAUGAUUUUCGCGAUUAUGCUGAUUUCUGCUUCCAACAAUUUGGCGAUAGAAUAAAGAAUUGGAUUAUUUUGAAUGAGCCAAACUUAUUUACUAUGUAUGGGUAUGCGCUUGGAGAUUGGGCACCUGGUCGCUGUUCCAACUAUAUAGGAAAUUGCACAGAAGGAAACUCUGCAACAGAGCCCUAUUUAGUGGCACACCAUCAGAUUCUUUCACAUGCAACUGCUGCGAAUUUAUACAGGCACAAGUAUCAGGCUUCUCAAAUGGGAAAAAUUGGGUUAGCAGUAAGUACCAUGUGGUUCGUACCUAAAGAUCAAACAAUUUCUAGCAGAAAAGCUGCCCAUAGAGCUCUCGAGUUUUAUGUUGAUUGGAUUGUUCAUCCAUUGGUAUUUGGUGACUACCCAAAGACCAUGCGAUAUUUAGUGGGGAAUCGGCUGCCCAAUUUCACGGCUCAACAAUCUAUUUUGGUGAAAGGUUCCCUCGAUUUUCUCGGAGUAAACUAUUAUACCGCGAACUAUGCAGAAGACUCUAAUACUAGCACCAUCCUUCUGAGUUACACAACAGAUAGUCAUGUUAACUGUUCCGGUGAGAAAAAUGGGAUUCCUAUUGGUCAACCGACAGAUGCUAGCUGGCUUUUUAUAUACCCGGAAGGAAUUCGAGAAAUUACACUGUACAUAAAGAGAAAAUACAACCUCCCCAUUUAUAUUACUGAGAAUGGAGUGGCAGAGUCAAACAAUUGUUCAAUAACAGUAGAUGAAGCCGUCAAGGACGGCAUAAGAAUCGAAUACCACCAACUUCAUCUAUCAUAUCUCCUACAAGCUAUCAAGGAGGGUGCUGACAUUAAAGGAUACUCUGUAUGGUCAUUACUUGAUGACUUUGAAUGGGCAGAUGGUUACACUUAUCGUUUUGGCUUCAUUUACGUGGAUUACACCAACAAGUUGAAAAGAUAUCUCAAAGAUUCUGCUUUGUGGUACAAAAACAUUCUUCAAAAAGAAAAUGCAACCACCGAGCACUCUUCUUCGUUAUUGUCGUCGUAAUUCAACAUACCAUUCUACAUGAUUAUAUACAACUUCAAAUAAGUAAUUUAUAAAGAAAUUUUACAGUGCAAUGUAAUUGUAUUUAUAUGUAUA